AUUUGAGCCCAUUAGUCAGUCGCCAAGCAUGUUUGGAACAGUACCCAGUGCUCUACAAGGGUUCAUGUUGCAGAACAGUCACGUCGCCAGAACUGAUCGUGGCGGGACAUCUUUCACUGAGAAAUAACUAAAAUGGAACAUAAUGGGUCAGCUUCAAAUGCUGAUAAAAUCCACCAGAAUCGCCUGUCAAGCGUUACAGAAGAUGAAGACCAAGACGCUGCUCUCACCAUUGUGACCGUGCUGGACAAAGUAGCCACCAUCGUGGACAGCGUGCAGGCGAGCCAGAAGAGACUAGAGGAGAGACACAGGGAAAUGGGAAAUGCCAUAAAGUCCGUCCAGAUUGACCUGUUGAAGCUUUCACAGUCACACAGCAAUACAGUCUAUGUCAUUAACAAGUUGUUUGAGAAAACGCGAAAAGUCAGUGCUCACAUUAAAGACGUGAAGGCCCGGGUAGAGAGGCAACAAAUUCACGUGAAAAAAGUUGAAUCCAAGCAAGAGGAAAUAAUGAAGAAAAACAAAUUCCGUGUGGUAAUAUUCCAGGAGGAGACUCGGUGUCCGACAUCCCUGUCUAUUGUUAAAGACAGAAGCCUAACUGAGAAUCAGGAGACCGAUUUUGAUGUCUUUGACCCUCCAAUAGAUCUGUCUUCAGAUGAAGAAUAUUAUGUCGAAGAAAGCAGAUCUGCCAGGCUUAGAAAGUCAGGCAGGGAGCGCAUUGAUAAUAUCAAAAAGGCAUUUUCCAAAGAAAACAUGCAGAAGACACGGCAGAAUUUUGACAAGAAAGUGAACAGAAUUAGAACAAGAAUAGUGACCCCAGAGAGGAGAGAAAGGCUAAGGCAGUCGGGAGAAAGGUUAAGGCAGUCGGGAGAGAGGCUGAAACAGUCAGGGGAAAGGUUUAAGAAAUCCAUUUCUAAUGCAGCUCCCUCAAGGGAAGCUUUUAAGAUGCGUAGCCUUCGGAAAGCUAAAGACCAAACUAUGGCUGAAGAUGCGGAGGAGGUCAGGGAGAUGGGUGUGGACAUCAUUGCCAGGAGCGAGUCUCUGGGCCCCAUCAGUGAGCUCUACACUGAUGAGCGCAGUGAAACAGACCACAGGGAGGCCAGGGCGGUGUAUCCUCCCAUAGAAGGAGGAGAGAUCCCCACCCCUGAGCCUUUAAAAGUUACUUUUAAACCCCAGGUGAAAGUGGAGGAUGAUGAAUCUGUUUUGCUAGAUUUAAAGCAAUAAUCAUAAAGAGGAACUAAGCAUAAUAUAAGUAUAAAUCUCUUAAAUCACAAGCUUCUUGUUUAGUCAUUUACAUUUAUAAAAUAGUUAUUUACAUUUGUUCGUAGGAAAACAUGAAUGAUAUGGCUGGUUUCAUUUCUGAUGUUUAAAAUCUUAAAGAUAACACAAGUAUUCUAUACAUUUCCUUAUAACUUCCUUGGAAAUUCCUUUUUCU